GCAGGAACACGGUUGGAUGGUGAAUGGAAACGUAAACGGCUACCGGUGUUUCAUAAAGAGCGCUAUAUUUAGGAAACCGUUUUAUCCUUUAUUCGAGAGCAUCUUCACAAAGCAACCCGAGAGAACCGAACUGAGAUUACUUUUUUAAUAUAUUCACCGCAAGCCUCUCAUGACCACUUAUGUUCAUGAGACGCAAAUGAUUUAUUUUCUUUAAAAGUAUUUGACUUUUUGAGCUACUCUUUCAAGGCAGUAAAAUGACUGAGAAGCGAUACUCCAGCAUGGAUGAGUCGUCGCUGCGUAAUCUGCUGGAUAAGACUAUAGACAUAGACGAGCGGCGGCUGAUCCGGACAGCGAUUCGAGACCUGCGCCGCUCCGAGAUUGAAGAAAUGGAGGCAGCACUGACCAGUAAACGCUUCAGACGUGCCCAUCAGCACAAACAUGAUGAUAAAGAAAACCAGUGCCGUCCUGAUGUGGCAGCUUCAUUAGACAUGCUAUCGGGGAAGAUUCAGGCCAUUCGCGACAUUGAAGAACUUACUGGACUGUUACGAAGCACCAGUGAAUAUGAAGAAAGAAAACUGAUUCGUGCAGCCAUUCGCAGGCUGAGAGAUGAGCAGAUACGAGGAGCUUUAGAGAAGGUUGAAAGCACUGGCCAGAGAACAGAGCCAAGACUAAAUCACCACAGCAGCUUUGACCUGCAGGACGGGCAGAGAGGGAACAUCAGCAACGCAGAAAUGCUCAUCAGCCAGUCGGAGAGAAUUGAGAACCACAGAGACGGCUUGGACCCUGACAUGGUUUUAGUACUAGAUCCUCUGGUUAGAGAGAAAGUCUCUUGCACUCUAACCCAACGGAUUCAAUGUGACCAUGGCUCGCCCUCCUCAGAAGUCAUUCCUUCAUACCGAGAGCGUUCUGACUCUGGAGAAUCGUUUGAUAGCCAUGACUCCCAUCAAAGAAAAAGGCUGAACUCCAGCGCUUCAGACCGCAGUCACAAAUCUUUCACCUGUACUACUGACCAAAGCUCUCACUCAGGACCAGCUGGAGAGGAGGUGGCUGCAGGUAGAUCUUUGUCUGGCAUGGAAUCAGAAGCUCAGCAGAUUGAGCAAAACCUGAAGAAACUUGACAAUGGUGUGGAGAUGACUCUCUUUAGGAGCAGGGACAGUUCAAGAGACUACGCAUUAAAUGGGACCAGCAAGAGGCCUGAAGACAUCUCAGGACGAAAGGUCAUGUCCAGUAGAGACGCUCUCAUGACUUCUGUCUCUAACAGUAAGGAUACAGAUUCCAAAAACAAAACCGCAUACUCUGGGCCCUUCAUUCGUACGAAUUCUGUACGUGACAGAAUGCGCAAGUUUACCGAACCUGUUUCGAAUGUUCCUAGAAGUGCCCAUGCUUCUCCUUUUACAAACACACAUCCUACAUCAACAGUGUCUGCAGACAGGUCCCAGGACACCCCAUCCUGCUCCUCCUCCAUCCCAAAGAAAGGGAGGAAUGUCAAUGAAAAUGUAUUAGCCCAACCCAAGCUUUACUCCAGCCAAUCACACGCCGCAGUGGGUGGCUCACAUGGCCACAUUGAAAAUGUCAGGAGUGCGUGUAGCGCCUCAGAAGAAGCACAUACUCCUGCGAGAACAGCAUCUUCAGGGACGCAGGACACCCGGGGGGAACCCGAGUCAAACAUGAAGACUUUCCUCAGCAUUGAGAUCAAAGAUGGGCGAAACGCAACAUCAAAUUCAGCUGUACACAACAUGAGCCCUCGAAUAUUCACAGCUGCUGCUCCACAGAGAACUGAGCUGACUCUUGGUUUAAGAGCGACACCGUUCAAAAUCACCAGCUCGAGUCUGUCAUCUGGAUCCACUGUUAAGAUGGAGACUGAGCCCGUUUCUCUUGUGGUUGAGCCUGCGAGAGAGAUAAAGACCAGUGCUCCUGUACUUCCUAACGGCUCAUCCAUUAGCUCCAUCAACGCUGAGGUGCAGAAUGAGAAGCUGACCUCAGAAAAGCUGCAGGACAUUGAAGAUGAGGAGAUCCUGGACAAAAUGCUUGAUGACUGUAAAGACUUUGAAGAAAGGAAAAUGAUCAGGGCUGCAAUGAGAGAACUCCGAAAGAAAAAGCGAGAGGCUAAGCUGGGGUGCACACUGGAGGAAAUGGAUCAGAGAGAAAAGGAGAGAGAUGUUCGUCUGAAGGAGCUCAGACAGCAGAGAGAAGAGAGGGCUCAGAAAACUCGGGUGGGUGGAGACACCAGUGAAGUGGUAAUGAAGAAGACUGAGCGGUCUACAGAUGGCUCCACCAUCAGCCACAUAACCAAUCGUGUUUCAAAGACAGAUGAUGCUGGCAGGACGUCCCGCAGCACUAUCAUGGAAUCCAGCUAUGUUCAAAAGACAGAGAAAGGCACAAUGCAAACUAAAUCCUACAGCUACUCCAGUGCCACAUCCACAAGAAAGAUUGGCAGUGUUUUUGACCGUGAAGAUGACACGCCUCGUAGUGGAAGCAGAACAUCAGCUCUUGAGCGCAGACAGGCAGAGAGAGUGGAGUUGAUGAGAUCUCAGACACUACCCAAGACAUCUGCAGCUCAGGCACGAAGAGCCAUGAUUGAAAAACUUGAGAAAGACACUGGAGGCAGUUCAGCGAUUACAGUAAACAAGGUGCAGCGUUCCACAAGCUUUGGUGUGCCCAAUGCCAACUCCAUCAAACAGAUGCUUUUGGACUGGUGCAGAUCCAAGACACGUUCCUAUGAGAAUGUGGACAUCCAGAACUUCUCGUCCAGCUGGAGUGAUGGUAUGGCGUUCUGUGCUCUAGUGCACAACUUCUUUCCAGAAGCCUUUGACUACUCCAGCCUCAGUCCCAGUAACCGCAGGCACAACUUUGAGGUGGCCUUCAGUACAGCAGAGGCCUAUGCUAAUUGUAUGCCCCUGCUGGAGGUGGAAGACAUGAUGAUAAUGGGUAGGAAGCCAGACUCCAAGUGUGUCUUCACGUACGUUCAGUCUCUGGUUAACCAUCUACGCAAAUAUGAGAUGAUGCGAGCUCGGGCUCAGCUGGCCAACGACUUCUGAUGCUGCGACAUGGAGGCACAUCUUGUAGUCCUACAACAUGUUUCCUGGUGAUGCUAGCUUUACAGGGAGAUAGAAUUUUCCCCCCAAAUGGUUUUUGUUUUGAUUUUUAAAAAAGAAAUAAUAAUUUUUAAAGGAUUAGUUCACCCGGAAAUAAAAAUUCUGACAUGCUGUACUGGCCCUCAUGACUUUCUUUAUUCUGUGGAACACAAAAGAAGAGAUUUUAAAUAACAUACUGGUCGCACUUUUCCUUUCAAUUACAAUGAUUGGGGACUGGAACUUUUACACUUCAAAAAGGAUCCAAAAGCAUCAUAAAAGUAGUUCAAAUGUAGCACAUUAAUCCAAGCCACAUGAAGGCGUUCCGUGAAAAACAGAAUGAAAUAGAAGUCAUUGUUCACUCUAAAUCUUGAUAUUUGCCCUAGCUUUCUUUGGUGCAUCCAAUUCAUAAACAGAUUAUUCUUUGGACUCAGAUCUUUUCAAUGAAUCGGUCUGAAUGAUUCGUUCAGAAAUUGGAAUCCAUUCAACUGACUCGAUGAUCAAGUAGCAGUUUUUCUCCAUUUGAAAUCUCACGAGGAUAAAAUUAUGAGAGAUUAAUGACUUAAAUUUUGGUCUGUUUCUCACACAAAGCUAUCGUAUGGCUUCAGAAGACUUGGAAUAUCUUGCACGGGCAUACGCAGGAGUCAUAUGGACCAUUUCACAUUCUUUUUAACGUUUAAAAGUUUUUGUCCCUAUUGUCAUUGAAAAGGACUGGAAAAAAGCAACCACAUUGUUAUUCAAAAUUUCUAUUUGCAUGUUCCACCGAAGGAAGAAAGUCAAACAGGUCUGGAACAACAUGAAGGUGAGCAAAUAAUCAUUUUUGGGUGAACUAUCUCUUUAUGAUUGCGUUUACUUUCCAGACAUAUCCAAAGAAUUCCUCCUAUAACAGCUGUAAUAAGCUGUAAUUACAUAUUUUUUUUAAUGUAUGAACAAGUUUUUUUUUUACUAAGGUUUUACUGCUAAGGUGCAGUAAAAAAAAAAUAUAAUAAUAAUCCGAAAGGUAACUACCAAAAUGUUUUAUUAAUGGUAAAAGAAUAAUAAUUGCAAGUUGUAUUUAGUGUACUUCCCAGCCUUUUGUUGAUACCUGCUACUUUAUUUCAUGUGUUAAAAACGAAAACAUGUUUUUAUGUUGAUUGCCCAUAUCUAGUGUUUUUAAAUACUUUUAAAACCGUUUCACGGUGGGGGGCCUGGGUAGCUCAGCAAGUAUUGACGCUGACUACCACCCCUGGAGUCGCGAGUUCGAAUCCAGGGUGUGCUGUGUGACUCCAGCCAGGUCUCCUAAGCAACCAAAUUGGCCCAGUUGCUAGGGAGGGUAGAGUCACAUGGGGUAACCUCCUCGUGGUCGCUGUAGUGUGUGGUUCUCGCACUCGGUGAGUUGUGCGUGGAUGCCGCGUAGAAUAGCUUGGGCCUCCACAUGCACUACAUCUCCGCGGUAACGCGCUUAACAAGCCACGUGAUAAGAUGCGCGGGUUGAUGGUCUCAGACGCGGAGGCAACUGAGAUUCGUCCUCCGCCACCCAGAUUGUGGCGAGUCACUACGCCACCACGAGGACUUCGAGCGCAUUGGGAAUUGGGCAUUCCAAAUUGGGGAGAAAAGGGGAGAAAAUCCAAAAACGUAAAAAACCGUUCCACGGUACGGUUGCUUGUUAAAGGAGCUCAGACCUGCAUGCUUUUUCACAAGUUUACUUGAAUUUUUUGUUCCGUCUCAAACAAUUGAGAUUAUAUUGCCAUCUGAAUGCAUUAUUGUCUUUAAGAACUUUGUAGGAAUAUUAUUCUCACUGCUUGUUAUGACUUCAGCCAUUUAUUGCAAGACGCAUCUUAAUGACUGUUUUUCAAUGCAUAUUUCUUGUAAGUAAUUGAACGUUUGGUUUUACACUGAACACAGACGGAACAUUUCCGUGAGUUUCUCCUUUUAGUAUGGAACAUGUUCAUUUUUAAAUGAUAUACAAAUACACAAACAGCUGCAUUUAUUGUUGCACUUAUGUACUGUCCUUAUUUAUGGAUGAGUAUAUUUUUAAUUCAUUCAAAUACAAAUGGAUUUAUACAAAUAUAUAAAUAAGGUUGGUUCAUAAACUUAAUACUUAAGUCGGUCCUUAAUACAUAAGCUGAAUUCCUGAUUAAAGGGUCUGUUUUGUAAAAGUAUAAUUUAAACAGUGUAUAUUAGUAACUCUUAUCGAGUCAUGCCUGAUUAUGACACCUUGAGAAUAAUAAUGUUUUACUAGUAAAUUCUAUCAGAAAAGGUCAUUGAUAUUUAUAUAUUUGGUUCUAUAGAUGGUUGUAGUUAUAAUUACUUUUAUUAAUGACUGCUCAUAAUUUAAUGACAAAAGAAAAAUAAAUGCAAAGCUAUUGCAACAACUAAAAGUGGCAUUGCUUGGUACUUGGUACUAGUAAGGCAAAUGAGCAUUCACAAUAUGCUAAUAAAGGUAUUUGUACAAACUUAUUCAAAACUUCUUGUUCACUCAGUAUUUCAGUACACAAUUUCAUAUAGUAAUCAUUAAAACCAUAAAU